AUGGCUUCUCUUUUGACCUCUCCUCUAACAAAGCCCAAGCCCGUUUCCUUCUCUUGUUCAUCACGAGCUCUAAACACAUCACCGUCGUUGAAUUUCGCCAGAGUUUCAUUCAACCACCACCAAAAGCUCGCUCCUUUCAGACCUCUGAGCCUCGUACCGGCAGCAUUCUCUGAAAAGAGGGAUGUCACGGCAGCUGCAGCGGCGGAGGCGGCGCCUGCGGAGUCGGGAGACUACAGGAGGAUAAUGCUCUCCGAUGUGAUGGUGAAGAAGAAGGAUAAGGUGCCUCUAUGGGAGAGACAAUGGAAGCCGAUGGAUUUCGGAGCUGUUGCUGUGGUUUUGUCGAUGCAUUUGCUUAGCUUAUUGGCUCCGUUUCAAUUCAAUUGGAGAGCUGUUUCGGUUGCUUUUGGGCUUUACAUCGUCACAGGUCUUCUGGGCAUUACUCUGUCUUUCCAUAGGAACCUCUCUCACAAAAGCUUCAAGCUUCCCAAAUGGCUUGAGUACUUGUUCGCUUAUUGCGGAGCUCAAGCUCUUCAGGGGAACCCAAUUGAUUGGGUGAGUACGCAUAGGUACCAUCAUCAGUACUGUGAUUCGGACAGAGAUCCUCAUAGCCCACUUGAUGGGUUUUGGUUCAGUCAUAUGAAUUGGAUGUUUGAUACCAAUACAAUCACCAAAAGGGUUGGAGAGCCGAAUAAUGUUGGGGAUUUGGAGAAGCAGCCAUUCUAUCAGUUCAUGCGAGACACUUACAUUUGGCAUCCGGUGGCUCUAGCGGUUGCUCUAUACGCAAUGGGUGGCUUCCCCUUCAUCGUCUGGGGAAUGGGUGUUAGAAUAGUGUGGGUGUAUCAUAUAACUUGGCUAGUGAACUCAGCUUGUCAUGUUUGGGGCAAACAAGCAUGGAACACCGGUGAUUUGUCUAGGAACAAUUGGUGGGUAGCAGCUCUAGCAUUUGGGGAAGGAUGGCACAACAAUCAUCAUGCUUUCGAGUUCUCAGCUCGACACGGCCUAGAAUGGUGGCAACUUGAUAUGACUUGGUACGUCGUUAGAUUCCUCCAAGCCAUCGGUUUAGCAACCGAUGUUAAGCUGCCUUCAGAAGCUCAGAAACAACGAAUGGCAUUGACCACCGACUGA